AUCAGUUUUAUAUCAGUUACCCACCGAAUAAGUUAAUGUCUAGAACAUGUUAAAGUUAUUGGUAAUAAUUGGAUUGGAGUUUCUUGCAAAUAAUGCAGCUAAAGCACAAACUCAACCAACAUUAUGCUCAGACUCACCUAGCAUGGCUUUUAAUGUCACUCAGAUAAGUGGAGUGUGGUGGGAAGUGGCUCGAAGACCAGCACUUGCCACACUGGCCUGUGUAAAAGUCAACUUUACAGAAAUUCAACCGGAGAAUGUCUUGCAAAUAGCAACCACAAACGUGGUCUCAAACACUUAUUUGUGGGUUAAUCAAACCAUGUAUGCCAAUGUAUCGUUGGCAACCGAAAAUAGUAACGGCUACAAUAUUUCAUAUAUUGAUGGUAUUUCUACAACCAAAUAUACUGUCUAUAAACUCUUGAACACUGAUUACACUAGUUAUGCCUUAUUUUGCGGCUAUACAAAUGCUACCAAUAACGCAACGUCCUUCGGCUUAAUACUGACUCGUGAACGUUAUCCAAAUACAACACUACUCAAUACUAUAGAAGAUCAAGCCUCUUCUUUAUAUUCGGAUUUUUCCUUUGGCACCCUACCAUUGGUCACUCAAUCACCAACAUGUUACGCUGCUGGAGCUGGCACUCAAUACACAAUAUUUGCAACAAUAUUUUCAUGUUUAUAUGCGAUUUUGAUUUCUGUCAUCUGAAACUAAUGAUGAAAAAUAAUAUUAAAGAAAUAUUAAUAAUAA